AUGAUGAACUUCUUUUCCAAAAAUCAGCCGUCGGCGCACGAGCAGCAGGACCGUCCACGGUCGACGGCAAACGGCUUCUUUCCAAGCUUCACUCACACGGCCACCCCGACGACGGCGCUCAGCGAGAACUCCUAUGCUAUCGGCACUACGGGCCUCAACGCGGGCAAACAGGAAAACGUGUUGACUCACAUGAAAGAAAUUAACCGUCAGGACUCGUACCAGAACGACCACAGUCAGCCGCCUCAGCAGAUAUUCCCACAGACGUCUUCCCACCAGUCACACACACUCAAGGACCAUCUGACUGUGACCAAGCCCCCCCCGGCCGUCCCCCCCAUGGCGCCCGAAAACGCCGACAAGAGUGCAUCGGACUCAAAUAUGCCGCGGGGCAAGCUAAAGGUGACGAUAGUGAAGGCAAAGGACUUGCUCACGAGCUCCGACCAGACACAGCCGUACGUCGUGUGUACUUACGAGAGCUCGGAAUUCAUCUCCGAUGGUCCAGAGUCUAUUGACCAUACGCAAAGAACGCAUAAUGCCCGUUGGGGGAAUAGGAUGGCGGCUAAUGAGAAGAACGUGCGGCCGCUAUACACAAGGCAAUCCUCCUCGCAGCUGGACAAGCUUGCGGCGCACCACAACUAUAAUACCACUUCCUCUAACCCCGUGUGGCAUCACGAAACGACCUUUGACGUCAUCGGUGCACGUUCAGAGUUGGAGAUUUCUGUUUAUGAUGCCGCCCAUGGUGAUGUGUUCUUGGGCCAGGUUCGCCUCCGGCCCAAUACACACACCAAACACGACGUUCAUAACCAGUGGUCGAAACUAAACGGUCGAACCGUUGGAGAGUCGGUAUCCGGUGAGAUACUUGUCCGGUGGGAGUACUGGCAUACCGAAAAGCGGCACUACGGUCCGCAAGACUUCGAGGUGUUGCGACUUUUGGGUAAGGGAACAUUCGGUCAGGUCUACCAGGUACGUAAGAAGGACACAAAGAGGAUAUAUGCGAUGAAGGUAUUGUCUAAAAAGGUGAUUGUCAAGAAAAACGAGAUUGCACAUACUAUUGGUGAGCGCAACAUCCUCGUUCGUACUGCUUCAAAGUCGUGUCCCUUCAUUGUUGGUUUGAAAUUUUCUUUUCAAACGCCCACAGACUUAUACUUGGUGACUGACUUCCUGAGCGGUGGUGAGCUUUUCUGGCACCUUCAGAAAGAAGGUCGGUUCACGGAGGAGCGGGCAAAGUUCUACAUUGCCGAGUUGGUGCUUGCGUUGGAAUACCUUCACGAUAAUGAUAUCGUGUACCGCGACCUCAAGCCAGAAAACAUCCUUUUAGACGCCAACGGCAAUAUCGCACUAUGUGACUUCGGCCUCUCAAAAGCGGACCUAAAGGAUCGCACCAAUACGUUCUGCGGUACCACCGAGUAUCUAGCGCCCGAGCUGCUGCUCGAUGAGACCGGCUACACGAAAAUGGUUGACUUCUGGUCGCUGGGCGUCUUGAUAUUCGAGAUGUGCUGUGGCUGGUCGCCUUUUUUUGCAGAGGACAACCAGAAGAUGUACCAGAAGAUUGCGUUUGGCAAGGUCAAAUUCCCCAGGGACGUGCUAUCGCCGGAAGGUCGCUCCUUUGUCAAGGGCCUUUUGAACCGCAAUCCCAAGCACCGCCUCGGUGCGGUCAACGACGGCGCAGAGGUCCGCGCCCACCCCUUUCUCAGCGACAUCGAUUGGGAAGCGUUGCGCAACAAGCAGAUCCCGCCGCCCUUCAAGCCGCAUCUAACCUCUGAGACGGAUACCUCCAACUUCGACCCAGAGUUCACCCAGACGUCCACCUCUUUCAUGAACAAACAGCCAAUUGCAGCCACACCGCUCUCGCCAGCCAUGCAGGCCAAGUUUGCCGGCUUUACAUUUGUCGAUGAGUCCGCUAUCGAGGAGCACAACGCAAACUACAACUCCCGCAAGUUUCUGCAAAAUUCCUACUUUAUGGAACCCGGCUCUUUCAUUCCUGGCGACCCCACAAUGCCGCCUGCAGAGGACGUCAUCGAGGAUGGCGACGACGACAGCAUGGACCUUGCCAGCAAGGGCAACACCGACCACCUGCAGCCAGACUACAAUGACCACCAUAUGGACGACGAUUUUGUAAGCGGCCGCUUUGAGAUUUGA